ACGAGUCUACACUCUACACGUGCUCGGAUCGGCCGACAGCCGACGGAGUGUCGGAGUUUCGUUGUUCUUUCGUAUAUGUAAAAAAAUAGAACCUAUAUUAAUUAAUAAUUCGUUCCCUUUCACCUUUUGGUUUAGUAUUGCGGCUCGGCGAGCGUUCUAAACUUUGUACUAAUAGAUGCUUAUCACCGAAGUCGCAAGUUUGACGUACACGCUGCUCGACCGCGCUCGUGCGUGCAGUGUACCCUCCUAACAAAUGAGUCUUCAGUCCUCACAAAAUUGAAAACACUAAACAGUCGGUUAUCUCUUUUCUGUUCAGUAAGCAGUAACGGUAUUACGGUACGAUUAAAGUGUGUACUUCCCAAAAUCCUGUUUUCUGUUUUCUUUGUAACGUGCCCGCUGAAGGUCAACUUUCUGAACGUUCUCUGCUUAAAAAUGGCCAAAACAUUGUCUUGUAAAAUCGGACCAUCUAUUUUGAAUGCUGAUUUAUCACAGUUGUAUGAUGAAUCCCAAAAGUUGAUAGAUAGUGGAGCAGAUUAUUUACACUUGGAUGUUAUGGAUGGAACUUUUGUUCCUAAUCUAACUUUUGGACAUCCAGUAGUGAAAUGUCUAAGAACUAAGUUACCCAACACUGUAUUUGAAACGCACAUGAUGGUUCAAAAUCCAAUUCAAUGGAUUUCUGCUAUGGCUGAUGCUAAUGUAAACCAAUAUACAUUUCAUAUUGAGCCAUGUGAUGAUGUUCCUUUAGUAUGCCGCAAAAUUAAAGAAGCUGGCAUGAAAGUAGGCUUAGCAAUAAAACCUGGCACUCCGGUUACAUGUGUUGAAGAAUAUAUAGAUAUGGCUGAUAUGAUUUUAGUGAUGACGGUUGAACCUGGAUUUGGUGGUCAGAAAUUUAUGAAAGACAUGAUGCCAAAAAUAGAAUUGUUGAGAGAAAAAUAUCCCACAAUGGACAUUGAAGUUGAUGGAGGUAUCGGUCCAAAUAACAUAGAUGUUUGCGCUAUGGCAGGAGCAAAUAUGAUUGUGUCUGGAACCGCAGUUAUUCAAGCUAAAAAUCCACCUCAAGUUAUUCAACUUCUUAAAGAUUCUGUCAAUAAACAUUUAAAUAAAAAAUCAAAUUGUUAAUUUUAUUUUUGAAUGAAGUUUAUUAUUGUUAACAUUUAGCAUAUUCAUUAAGAGGAGGAAUGGGUAAAUUCUCCAAACUAAUUAUAAAAUUUAAACAAAAUUAAUGUGAAAAUUAGAAUAAUCCAAACAAAAUGAGGUUUAGUAUUCAUAUUAUGAUAGAUGAUAUUGAACAGGUAGGCAUUUAAAUUUCAAAUAAAUGAUGUAUUCAUUAUUUUCUGUUUUAUUCAAAAUGUAUACUACUAUAUUUAUUUUAAUAAGAUUGAAGUUCAAAAAAAAAUUAUUUUACCCAUACAUUCCUAACGGAAAAUAUGAUUAAAUAUGGCAUAACACUCGUACUUUUUUAAAAUCUUUUGUUUAUUGUUUGUAUUACCUUGAUAAAUUUAUACAUAAUAUAAAUCAACAAUUUCUGUACUUGUAGAUAUGAAAUAGAGUAUACUAGUGAGUUUUAAUAAAUAUUACUUUAUAAUUUUUA